CCAGUCUCCAGUCUCCUGUCAGACUGGAGACAGGAACUGGUCCGGUCACACUCGCUGUGCUGGUGCUUCUGACUCUGGAGAGAUAAGGAGCUGAGCCGACCCCACUCGCAGUGAAAGUCUUCCCUCUAGACGCCGAGGGUCUGUCCUCAGCGCUUGGAUUCCUACAGCCCCCCGGGGCCGGAUCCCCACAGCUUUCCAGGUCCUAGACCCCGGCAGACGCCGAGCCAUGGCCUCCAUGGGACUACAGGUGAUGGGCAUCGCGCUGGCCGUGCUGGGCUGGCUGGGCGCCAUACUGAGCUGCGCGCUGCCCAUGUGGCGCGUGACGGCCUUCAUCGGCAGCAACAUCGUCACGUCGCAGACCAUCUGGGAGGGCCUGUGGAUGAACUGCGUGGUGCAGAGCACCGGCCAGAUGCAGUGCAAGGUAUACGACUCGCUGCUGGCGCUGCCCCAGGACCUGCAGGCGGCCCGCGCCCUCAUGGUCGUCUGCAUCAUCCUGGCCGUGCUGGGCGUGCUGCUGUCCGUGGUGGGCGGCAAGUGCACCAACUGUGUGGAGGACGAGAGCGCCAAGGCCAAGACCAUGAUCGUGGCGGGCGUGGUGUUCAUUCUGGCCGGCCUGCUGGUAAUGGUGCCGGUGUCCUGGACGGCCAACAACAUCAUCCGGGACUUCUACAACCCGCUGGUGGCCUCCGGCCAGAAGCGGGAGAUGGGUGCCUCUCUGUACGUCGGCUGGGCCGCCUCGGGCCUGCUGCUCCUCGGGGGGGCCCUGCUGUGCUGCAACUGCCCACCGCGCACCGACAAGCCCUACUCGGCCAAGUACUCUGCCGCCCGCUCCGCCCCGGCCAGCAACUACGUGUAAGGUGCCGCCGCUCAGCUCUGUCUCCGGGCUUUGCUUCUCCCUGGACUGAAGGCGCAGCCCGUGCCCCCGGGGAUGUUCCUGCCACGGGCCGCAGGCCGCACAAGCAGGGACUGAGCCAGGCCACCGGCCGGCAGCCCCUUCCGGCCCCCUCGGACACCUACCCAGAGCCUCCUCUCCGCCAGCAAGGAUGGAUGGACAGAAAGAGACUCCUGUGCUGCCCUCCUCUGGCCCUGGGGACACAGGAGAGGGGGCGGAAGUAACAGGGUGCGGCGGCGGAGGGGGGAGCUGGCUCCUGCCGGUCAGGAGAGCACGGCCCUGAAUUUGCUUGGGCUCUGCCUCCGCGGGUGCCCGGCCCACUCCUGUGAGGAUGGCUGGCGCCUUGCUCCCCCACCUGCCCGUGGAGCAGAGUUGACACAGAGUUGACAGACGGGUUUAGAGGGGAGGGGUGAAGGCGCUACAAACUGGUUUGGGUGGUGGGGGAGGAGACCUCGGAGGCUGCCCAGGCUGCCUGCACCCCUCCCUGCCCCCACCCUGCAGCCUCAGGGCUCUGCCUCAGCGGCCUGGGUAGGAAGGAGGACCCCAGCCUCUUGUGACCAGUCACGCCUGGAUUCGCCACCCCUGCCAAGGUCGUUGGGCAUCCUGGGAAGAGCAGGGGGGACGGUCUUUCUCUGGCCUUCGUUCCCAGGAAGUCCUGGACCUUUUUUUCCCUGCCUCCUCUCUGGUUUCUGUUUUGUAACUUAAUAUCUGUUUGUCAUGGUAAUUACUAUAAUUUUCUACAAUAAAUGGGACCUGUGCA